AUGGCAUCUUCAAAUUUCCCAGCAAGAACCCAUACCACCACCCGCUCAUUUACCUACUCGUACAUUCAUAUUCAGCCCUCAUCCCCCUCAAAACCUUAUAUCCUCUUUCUCCAUGGAUUUCCCUCCUCAUCAUAUGACUGGCGCCAUCAAAUAACCUAUUUCUCCGCGAAAGGUUAUGGAAUAAUUGCUCCUGACCUUCUUGGAUUUGGCGGCACCUCCAAACCGCUGUCAGCCCAUUUCUACAAGUUCAAAGACAUGGCCUCGGACUUAUAUGAAAUUUUGUCUUUACACUCCAUUUCUGAAUCUCAUAAAGUAUUGGGUGUAGGACAUGAUUGGGGGAGUGCUAUGCUUUCACGCAUGGUGAACUAUCAUCCGGAAAUUUUCAAGAAAUUAGUGUUUCUAGAUGUGGGAUACCAGGCACCUGAUGGACCGGCUUUCAAUUUCGACAUGGUGAAAUUGAUCAAUGCUCAAGUUAAGAAGAUGGCUGGGUUUGAAAUCUUUGGAUAUUUCUUUUUGAUGGAUGAGGAGGAUAGUACCGAGUUGUUGGACAACAAUCCCGAAUCUGUUAUGUCCCUGUAUUAUAGCCUUGACAAUGAGCUAGGCAAAGAACAUAUGGGAGCCACUGGCGGCUUUCGCAAAUGGCUUGAGGGGAGUAUGUUAGCUCCAUAUCCGCAUUUUGUAACGAGUGAGGUGAGUGAAGAUAAUUCUGUUUAUGUUUAUGUAAAAAGCGUGAUGCAAGAAUCGAUGCUGAAACAUAUCUCACAAUCAGGACGUGGAACAUUCAAAAAUACAUUCUCGCCCCAAAAUGGCGGCUUUGGUGCUGCAAAGAAUUGGUAUACUAUGCAACUUCAUGGGAUUAACGAAGAUGACGAUAAAGCAAUCCCCAAAGAGCGCACAGUUGUUCACCAACCAACUCUCCUCAUAACGUCCACCAAUUUCAUUAGCUCUGGCGCCGAUUUUCCUUCGCAAAUGAAACCUUACAUUCCAGAUUUUAGAGUUGAAAGAUGGGAAGGUGGUCAUUGGAUUCAAUUAGAGAAGAGUGAUGAGACAAAUGCAUUGUUGGGGGAGUUUUUUGAGGAGAUUUAAAGAGGGAAGGAGAUAAGGUGGCUAAUGGAUGGGCCACAUGAUAUGAUUCUAAUCUUUCGUAUUGAAGUUGAUACAAGUCGAUGACUAGAGUGAGUGGAAUUAGUGAAAUGGUUCACAGAAAUAUAACUACAUUGCAUUAUCAGAUCGUGCAUCAUCUCGUUCGUUUGAU